UUUAUAUUGUAUAUAAACGAUAUACGAUUAAAACUACAAAAUAAUACUAAACAAAUCUUCGUGUUAAAAGUAAUAACACAAUAACUAAACAUGGAUCACAAGUCCCAAGACCAUUACAAAUCUUCCUCGAAAAGAAACAGAUCAGACUCAAAUGAAAGUAGCUCUAAAGAAAGAUAUAAAUUAAGAAAACAAAGUCCUUCAAAACAACCUAAUGAUGCGGAGUUCAGUUUUCUAGAUUACAAAAGAAAUUUGAACAAAAUGAUUACGUACAGUAAUGAUUCUAAUACAGUUAUAAAUAAUCUUGAUGAUUUCUGGGUGUUUGUUAAAAAAUAUGAAAUGACAUUAAAAAAGGCAGGAAAACCAAUUACAGAUAAUGAAAUUGAAAUUGAGCUUAAUGAUAUUGGAGUACCAAUCAAUUUUUCUAAACAUUAUUGUAUAAAUUUUUUAAGCAAGAUGAAAUUUAUGGAUAGUGUGUAUGAUGAAAGGGACAAGAGAAAAUUAGAUAAAAAAAUGUUUGAUGCAUUCCUAAAUAUUGUGUCUAUCUAUUUGGAUUUUAAAAAUAAAGAGAAAUUUGAGAAGUUAAAAAAAUUGAGACAGGCGCAGAGUGAACUACCUGUUGCUAAAUAUAGGAAUGAAAUAGUAUCAGCAGUACAGAAUGAGAAGGUGGUAAUUGUUGCUGGUGACACAGGAUGUGGCAAAUCAACCCAAGUCCCUCAAUAUCUACAUAUAGCUGGUUUUCAAAAUAUUGCCUGUACCCAGCCCAGAAGAAUUGCUUGUAUUUCAUUAUCAAAACGAGUAGCUUUCGAAAUGUUGACUCAGUUCGAAAGUAAAGUUGGUUACCAGAUCAGAUUCGAAAAGAGCAAGACGGCAGAUACGAAAAUAUGCUUUAUAACUGAAGGAUUAUUGUUAAGGCAGAUGUCAUCAGAAAAUUUACCAAACUAUGACGUCAUAAUCCUCGAUGAAAUCCACGAGAGACAUCUAAUGGGAGAUUUUUUAUUGGGUGUCCUCAAGUGUUUGAUACACACCCGUAAUGAUAUCAAGCUAGUACUCAUGUCAGCGACAAUUAAUAUAAAACUUUUUGAGGAUUAUUUCUCAGCGGAAUCGGCUGUUGUUAUUCAAGUACCGGGUCGGCUGUAUCCUAUAGAAUUGAAGUAUAAACCUAUUUUAAUAGAAGAUAAGCCAACAAGAGACGACAGACUCGAUCCACAGCCCUAUGUACAGAUCAUGCAAUUAAUAGACAGCAAAUAUUCAAGUGGCGAAAGAGGUGAUCUUCUGAUUUUCAUGUCAGGAGUGAAGGAAAUAACAGCGAUAUGUGAUGCCGCUCAACAGUAUAACGAAAAAGCUAAGAGCUGGAUCAUUUUACCGUUGCACAGUGCACUGUCACUCGCUGAACAAGAUAAGGUUUUCGACUACCCACCAGAGGGCGUCCGAAAAUGUAUAGUAUCAACGAACAUCGCAGAAACCUCCGUCACAAUAGACGGGAUAAGAUUCGUUGUUGACUCCGGAAAGGUAAAAGAGAUGAGCUACGACUCAUCGACGAAAAUGCAGAGAUUGAAGGAGUUUUGGAUAUCAAAGGCGAGUGCUGAUCAAAGGAAGGGGAGAGCUGGGCGAACAGGUCCUGGAGUCUGUUACCGUAUAUAUUCUGAAGAGCAGUACUCGGAUAUGGAAGCAUUCAGUACCCCUGAAGUGUCGAGGGUGCCGCUUGCAUCAUUGCUGCUGUUGAUGAGUUCGCUCGGCGUCAAUGAUGUCAGAAGGUUCCCAUUCAUAGAUUCGCCUCGGGAGGAGGCCAUUGAAGACGCGCUUUUAGAGCUUAAACAACAUGGUGCGCUGUCGUCCAACGAGAAGCUGUCGGCGCUGGGCGCGGCGCUGGCCAAGCUGCCGGUGGAGGUGUCGCUGGCCAAGGCGCUGGUGGCGGGCGCGGCCACGCUGCCGGCAGACCGCCUGUCGGCUGCCCUGGCGCUGUCCGCCGCGCUGGGCCUGCGCUCGGUGUACACCACGCGCGCGCAUCGGGACUUCGACUGCGAGAACGCUCGGCGCGCCGACGAGUCUGACCACGGGGACCCGGUGUCGCUGCUGUCGCUGUACAGCGCGUGGCUGCGGGAGAAGGCGCGCGGGGGGGGCGGCGGGCGCGCGUGGUGCCGGCGCCGCGGGCUCGAGGAGCAGCGCCUGUACGAGCUCACCAAGCUGGCGGCGCAGCUCAACAAUCUUUUGCAGGACAAUAACCUGACGGAGGCGCCUGAACCGGAAACGAUGUCUUCAGCGGAAAGAGCCUUACGUCACGGACAGAUGAAGCAAUUGAAAGAUAUGAGGAGACAGUAUAAACUGAAAGCGGCUGAAGAAUCUAAACGUCGCAAGCGUCUGAAAGUCGACUCGUGGGAGAUAAUAGACGACAAAGAUGAGGACAAUGCUGUGGACAUUCGCGAUAUCGAGUUCCGUAUGACCAACGACGCUGGUAGAAUACGAGCUUUAAUCAACGGUUCCAGUACUAACAGUGGAAGAGACCUUAUUAUGUUAAAGUUGAUACUCUGCAGAGCUUUGUAUCCACAAGUCGCGGUAGCAGACGAAUAUAAUCAUUGCAAGUCUGUGUCCGAGCAGCUCUUCCACACGUGGAGUAAACCGUUCGUGUUUCUCCAUCCUACGUCUAUCUUCGGCAAGAAUCCAAAACUUCUACAACUCACCGAAGCGGACAUACAGACGGAUUUACCUCAGGGCUAUAAGAACAGGCUACCGUUAUCAGCAAAACAUCAGAUAUUGUGUUACUUAUCACUCUUGGAGACAACAAAACCCUACAUAGUUAACUCAAUGCGAAUGCCAGCGGCUCAAACGUUGCUCCUUCUAGCUCAUUCCAUAGACACCAAUUUUGGUUUCACCAGAAUACUUUGUGAUUCUUGGUUGUUAUUGGAGUUUCCGUAUCCCGAAACCGGUUUGAGUCUAUUAUUGAAAGCCGUGAAGCUGAGACAGCGUUGGGACGCACUUAUUAACAGACGUCUUCAAGAUGCAAAUCCAAACAAGUCGGUGGAAAGUGAACUUCAAAAGUCAAAUCAAACGAAAUUUUCGUAUGCAGAAGAACAGUACGAAUUAUCAUGUGAUAUAAGUAAUUAUAUAAAUAGUGAUAUAUAUUAUACAAUAAAGAGAUGCCUGCCUGGCGACCUCAAAGUUAUGUACGUGGGCGCGGACGAGGGGUACCGGAGUAUAGACCCUAAUCCAUUCGACGAAGGGUUCGAAUGCCGUCCACACGAGAAGAAGGGUGGAGUGUAUGUGACGGAUAAUAUUGUUUUUAAUUGUGUUGUAGACACAGACUGGAGCUACCAAAGUUGUCAAGAAACCUACAGCAUGCCAUGGACCUGCCCAGAUUGUGAGAUAUCUGCCUGUUUAUCCCCUCUUGAGAGGAUACAGCAUAGAGAGUUCAUAUGUUUUUCUAGAACGGAUAAGAAGGAAGUGCAGACGAAGGUGAUAAAGGAAAAUAAACCUAACACGAAGGAAUAUGAAUGUGAAAAUUGUAAACAGAAAUUGUAUUUGACGCCUGUUGAAAUAUUGAAGCACAAAAAUGCAUGUAAAUAAAAAUGCUUAUAACCUUUGCCUGUAAACAAAGAUCGGUAUUUGUUUUAUAUAUAAAUAACCUAAAUUGUAUAAUUAAAUUGUUAUUAACGUUUCAUAA